CCACACUUGAAAGAAGAGAAUGUCAAGACGCAGUAGCCGUUUACAAGCUAAGCAGCAGCCCCAGCCCAGCCCGACGGAUUCCCCACAGGCCAAGAGGAGAAAAAUAGCCCAGGAUGUCAAAAAAAGGAAAGAGGAGGUCACCAAGAAACAUCAAUAUGAGAUAAGGAAUUGUUGGCCACCUGUAUUAUCUGGGGGGAUCAGUCCUUGCUUUAUCAUUGAAACACCCCACAAAGAACUACGAACAAGUGACUUCUCAAGAUUUACGAAUUACAGAUUUAAAAAUCUUUUUAUUAAUCCUUCACCUCUGCCUGAUUUAAGCUGGGGAUGUUCAAAAGACGUUUGGUUAAACAUGUUAAAAAAAGAGACCAGAUAUGUUCAUGACAAACAUUUUGAAGUUCUACAUUCUGACUUGGAACCACAGAUGAGGUCAAUACUUCUAGACUGGCUUUUAGAGGUAUGUGAAGUAUACACACUGCAUAGGGAAACAUUUUAUCUUGCGCAAGACUUUUUUGAUAGAUUUAUGUUGACACAAAAGGAUAUAAAUAAAAAUAUGCUUCAGCUCAUUGGAAUUACCUCAUUGUUCAUUGCUUCCAAACUUGAGGAAAUCUAUGCGCCUAAGCUUCAAGAGUUUGCUUAUGUCACUGAUGGUGCUUGCAGUGAAGAGGAUAUCUUAAGGAUGGAACUCAUUAUAUUAAAGGCUUUAAAAUGGGAACUUUGUCCUGUAACAGUCAUCUCCUGGCUAAAACUCUUCCUCCAAGUUGACGCUCUUAAAGAUGCUUGUAAAAUUCUUCUACCUCAGUAUUCUCAGGAAAAGUUCACUCAAAUAGCUCAGCUUUUAGAUCUGUGUAUUCUAGCCAUCAGUUCAUUAGAGUUCCAGUACCGAAUACUGGCUGCUGCCGCGCUGUGCCAUUUUACCUCUAUUGAAGUGGUUAAGAAAGCCUCAGGUUUGGAAUGGGACAACAUUUCUGAAUGUGUAGACUGGAUGGUACCUUUUGUCAGUGUAGUAAAAAGUACUAGUCCAGUGAAGCUGAAGAUUUUUAAGAAGAUUUCUAUGGAAGAUAGACACAAUAUCCAGACACACACAAAUUAUCUGGCUAUGCUGGAUGAAGUAAAUUACAUGAAUACCUUUAGGAAGGAGGGACAGUUGUCACCAGUGUGCAGUGGAGGCAUUAUGACACCACCAAAGAGUACUGAAAAACCACCAGGAAAACACUAAAGAAGUUAACUAAGCAAAUAAGUUGGAAUUGGCCAAGUACUGGGUAGAAUUUCAUAUAACUGAACUACUAAACUUUUACAGGACAAUAGUGGUAUGUCUGUCCUAGCCAAUUCAGAAGUUUCACUGCCAUUCUUUGAUUUUAAAAAAACCACUUAAAUUUGGCACUAAGGAAGAAACUUAUUUAAUUCCCGUUAGCUGUUUAAAGAAACAGCAGGACUUGUUUACAAAGAUGACUUCAUUCCCAAGGUGACUGGAUAGAGGCCAACCAUGGUUUAUGCCAUAACAAU